CAUAAAAACCUGGGUUACAUUCCCAGCACUUUGAUGACAAAUGGCGGCGAAAUUAAUGUUUAUUGUUAAGUAUUAAGUAAGUAGGCCUACUAGAUCUUUGAAGUACUAGAUUCUAGAUCUAAGUAUCAUAAGUUAAUCCAGAUCUGCAAUGGCACCUUGGACUAAAGAAGUUGGUCCAUUAGGCAAGUCUCAGAAAGAAGUCGAUCUCUUAAAGAAAAAGGUUGACCUGAUUAUAAAAGAAUCAAACAAAGUCAUAAAAACAACGGGUAACAAAAAUGAAGACAAAGACAAAAAGUUGGAGGAAAUGUAUCAAAAAUGCAUCGAUGCUAAAAAAUCUGUUGAAAAUCUUCAUAGUGAUGUUGAAAAAUUAAAAGAGGAGGGUGAGCCAACCAAACUAAAAGACUUUGAAAAGAAAAAAUUGGCAGAGUUGAAUCGACUUGGUGUAAUGAAGACUCAACUAGGCGAAACUAUGUCUAAGAUUCUUCCCAACACAAAUGAAGCACAGUUUUUAAAAAGUCAUCUGACCAAAGAGGAAAAAGAGAAAGAAGAAGAGGAUGAAGAUGAAGAUGGUGAAGAAGAGGAAGAAGUUGAUGAAGAAGAGGAUGAAUCUGAGGAAGAGGAUGAUGGAGAUGAAGAAGAAGAAGAAGAAACAACCUCCCCUGCUGGUGCUAAGCAAAUAAAACCAGCACAUCAUGUCAUAAAAAAACAGUUGGUUGAGGAAGAAGCUGCUACUGAUGAUGAGGAUGAAGAUGACGAUGAAGAUGAUGAUUAUGUUGAUGAAGAAGAGGAGGAAAAGUUGAAAAUUUCACCACAAGCUAAGCAUGGCAAAAAAACUGAAGCAGUAAAAGAAGAAGAGGAAGAUGAUGAUGAAGAUGAUGAUGAUGAUGAUGAUGAUGAUGAUGAUGAUGAUGAUGAAGAGAGUGAAGAAGAAAAUAAAAAAGAUGCAAGAUCAGUAGAAAAAGACAAGUCGAAACAAUCAGAAAAGAAAGGGAAGCAAAAAGAAGUGGGUCAUGAUAAAAAUGCUAAUCACCCGGUCAUACAGUUUAUCACAAUUGAUGAUUAUGAAGGAGAGGAAGAUGGAGAUUUGGAUUUCAAAACUGGAGAAAUAUUGACAGUGGUAGAUGCUAGUCGAGAUGAUGGGUGGUGGCUUGCUAAAAAUCAGACAGGAAAGACAGGCUUAGUGCCGUCCACUUAUCUGAAGGAGCAUAGAAGUCAUGAUGAUGAUGAUGAUGAAAAUGAUGACGAUGAAGAAGAAUCUGAAGAAGAGGAAGGGAUGGAUCAAACAGAUCAGACAACACCAUCUAAGAGAAGUGGUAAAAAGCUAUGGCAAGGUGUCAAGAAAGCUUUAGCAGAGACAACAGUUUCAGACGUCUUACAUGCAAUGGGUGCUGUGCCUUCUGGCUUUAGACCUUCAACGCUAUGUAGAAAGUUUAAUGAAGGUGACACAUACAGAUUUGCUAAUUACCUGAUGCCAAAACUCAGUCAGUCCAACCUGACCUAUAAAGAUUUGUUCUUUGAUCCAGCCACAAAUAAGAUACGCCCAAGGCCCACUAGGAUUGAGAGAGUCGUCACGCUGGUCUCAUGCCAACAGAUCCCUCCCCCAGGUGCAGGUCUUGAAGUUACAGACAGACAUGUAAGGAUGUGUUUGUUUGAUGGGACACAUAUUCUCAGCAACAUCCAUGCUGUGCGUGUAUCAUCUGUUGAUAAGACACAGCGUGUUUGGAGCUUCACGACAAAGAUGUCUGAGCUGAUGGACCCCUCUACACAUGCUGAAGUUUUUGUCCGCACCAGUAACAACAUGGACACUAUUGGUGUUUUGUUUGAGCUUUGCAUUUCCUAUACCAGAACGGAUAGCACCGAAAAAGGGCCAAUGAGUACCUCUGAGAAAGGAGAGUUCAGUUGUGGCUGGGUGCAUGUCCCCUUGCUGGAUGAGACAGGGACAGUUAUACCCAAUAGGUCAUUUGACCUCACUUUGAAUGGUGGAACACCUUAUGAAAAAGGGGUUGAGGUCGACCCAAGUAUCAGCAGACGAACCAACAACAGCCGUUUAGUGACAUUGAUAUCUGGCAACAAGCAGCCCAAAAUGAUUGUAAAAAUUACUGCACCCAAACAACAAUAUAAGGAUCUUAUGGACACGCUGCCAGAUACAGUGAUGGGGAACACGUCACUUCUUCCCUUCUACUCGUACUACCGUCAUUGUUUAGCUGACACACUACUGAGGGACAGGCUGGACUUAGAUUCUACAGAGCUUAUUCACAGCCCUGUUCUUAAAGUUUUUCCCAAGGUGGCUGAUAUUCCGGACUUGAUGAAAGUACUGAGGGUUGCAUGGUUUGAAAAGUUGCAGGAUGUUAAAAGAACAGAGAAGCCAAGAUUUGCAUUUGGCACAAACCCACUGAGAGACGAGGAGUACAUGAAAGAUUUAUUCAAGCAAGUUGUCCUGGAAACUGUUUACCCUUUGUCCCACCUAGCCUUGAUACCAGAGUACAUCAUGGGGGAUACAGACAACAACUUGCUCCGACAGGAACAAGUGGCCAGAUUUUGUGAGAUGAAGAAAGCUGGUAGAAAUGCCUUGGCAGCACUCUUGUCAGAAGAUCUGGACUACAAGCCUUUUGAAAUAGAUGAGGCAGCUUUUAAUAUCAUUGGUCCUUAUUGUGUGACCAAGUCACUAGUGACCGCAGAGGGUUAAAGAAGCCUGAUUAUGAGAGGUACCUUCAAGAAAAGAAUUCCAGGGUUGUAUUUAAAAGAUUGCUCACACAAAUAUUAAUUGAAACAGUUAAGUUUGUAUAAAACAUUAAGUUUUUAUUAAGCAGCAAAAAUUAUACUAUGUAUUUAUUUAAAAAAAAAAACACAAAAAGUCUAGUGUGUAGCCAGGUGAGAAAUAGAAUACCAAUGGCAACACAGGUCCCUCUCUCUGUCUUGUGUUGACAUUGUUUAAAGCUUGGGGAUUAUUUUCUCACUAUUGUUGUGUCUGCUUUAAUUAGCCACUAGCAGCCAGAGGGCUGAACAAUACCUACUGUUUAUAGCUGAGCUUGUUUGUUUUAGAGAUUAAUGGCUUGUGUAGUAAUCUUUUAUAACACUACCAGGGUCAAUAACUCCGUCCAAGAAAGUUUUUUUAUUUAUUUGUCCAUUUAGUAUAGUCAACUAUUUUAAUUCAUUCCCAUAUACACUUUAUAUUAUUCAUCUAGUUUAUUAAAUCUAUUUAAAUCUAUUAAAAUUUAAUGUAUUAUCACAAGGCUGUUGGUUAUUGAUAUGAUUGUUAAAUUAUUUUGACCAAGC